AUGUGGACCACUCCGACCUCAAGCGAGCUGGACGGGCUGGACAUCAUGUCGUUUUGCUUUAACUUCGACCUCCCAAAAAACACAUCAUCCGACAGCAACGCGGGUGUAAUUGAUCUACACAGCGGAAAUAAAGACAAUGACGCUGAACGAGUGAUGGGCCAGAUCAACUCCCACCAUUUCCUGUCCGACAUCUCCACGAGAGAGAAAAACUUGAGAAAAAUCCUAGAAGAACCGUUCAACGAGGCCCCCAUUCUGGAGAUCGUCCAGUCUCACCACGGCUCUGCUGGGUCCCAACUGGGGAGCGGUUCCGGUCUGCAGAAGAGGAAAUACAGCGUGGCAUUCCUGGAGAGCAACGUGGACAAAUCCACCUCCCAGGAUCCUCCGCCUUUGCUCUACAGCAGCAAAAAACCCUUCCUGGCCGAGCAGAGCCAGCACGCUCCAUCCAUGUACCCCUCGGACGUCCUCCCCCAGAACCUGCACACCGGCCCCAGCCACAGCCAGCUCCUGGACGCUGCGGCCCAUCACUUGGUGGGCUUGGGGCCCAGCUCCGGCCACCACUCAGGGAACUUAUUCCCAUCUCCUCACUUCCCCAGCGGAGCUGCGUCGCAACAAGCCAUGUAUAAAGGGAGGAAAGUACUGAUGUGCACGCUGAAUAACUGCUGCUGCUCCGGGGCUCCGGCGGCUCACGCGCAGCCCGCGUACCCGGCGCCGGACUCCUUCCCUUCCAUGACCUCUCAGGAGUUCUCCCCGCACCCGCCGCUCCCCGUAAGUCAGCCGCUGCAGCAUUUUCCCAUGAGAGGGUUGAUGGAAACUUCACAGACUGCCCGGCACCCCGACUUCUACGGGCUGUACGGCCAGUCUUCAACCAAGCAUUACGGGACCAAGUAACGAACCGGAACCAGGGUUUGUAUGGAGCCAAAUCAGGGCCAAAAGUUUUGCAAAUUUGAAAAUAAAAUUUGAACCUGAAAAUUUUUU